AUGUGUGGGACAUUGGACUACCUUCCACCUGAAAUGGUGGAAAGUGGAGAACAUGAUGCUAGGGUGGACAUUUGGAGCUUGGGUGUCUUAUGCUAUGAGUUUCUAUAUGGAGUUCCACCAUUUGAGGCAAAAGAACAUUCAGAUACAUACAGAAGGAUAAUCAAAGUUGAUCUGAAGUUUCCUCCAAAACCAGUUGUUUCUUCUGCUGCAAAGGAACUAAUAGCCAGGUUGACACCAUCUUUCCUGUUUCUUAGCAUAAUCAUUGAAACAAGUCACUUUAUGAAUAGCUUUCUAUAUGACAUUCAGAUGCUUGUCAAAGACUCCUCACAACGUCUUCCACUUCGCAAGUUGCUUGAGCAUCCAUGGAUACUCCAGAAUGCAGAUCCAUCAGGCAUCUAUAGAGGAUAA